UCCACCAAAGUCACAGUAAAAAGAGUUCAAGUCUGUGUUUGUCUGUGUUGGAUAUGUUCUGCUGUCUGUCACAGUCUGAUGUUGAUGGAUAACCUGGAGCAACCCGGCAGGUUUAAUUCCUGCUCUGGAGAGUGUGUGGUUGUCAUCAACUACAUCGCUGGUUUUGUAGAUCUGUUUUUGUCUUUUCUCGGUCCUGUCGCUGUCAUAAUAGUUCUGUAUCUGAGAGUAUUUGUGGUGGCUGUGUCUCAGGCUCGUGCCGUACGCUCUCAUGUUGCAGCUGUCACUCUUCAGUGUUCAGUGAAAGUAACUGCUAAAAAAUCUGAGAUGAAAGCAGCCAGGACUCUCGGUGUUGUUAUUGUUGUGUUUCUAAUAUGUGUGUGUCCAUAUUUUUGUGUUGCACUAACAGGACAGGACACCUUACUCAAUGCUUCAUCUGCUGCCUUUGUGAUCUGUUUGUUCUACUUUAACUCCUGCCUGAAUCCUGUCAUCUAUGCCUUUUUUUACCCCUGGUUUAGAAAAUCUAUCAAGCUCAUUGUCACACUGAAGGUACUGCAGCCCGGCUCCCGUGAGGCCAACAUGCUGUAG